AUGGAGGAGAAAAGUGGCAAACAUGGAGACAAAAUGCAUGCCAGAAGAGUAUUUAAGCAUUCACACAUCCCACUUAGUGGAGAGUGUCAACCACAAUGGCUCAAGAAGGAGCAAAACAUGGCCACCUACCUCAAAUGUCUAGAGGUAGAUUACAGGAAACUGUUGAUGGAAAACUGUGAAAUCCGCAAAUUUAUGGAGGCCAACGAGAAGAUUUUUUUAAAAACAAAGGCCGAGCUGUACAAAACCAAUCUGGAGCUUGAGAAGGUAAAACUUUUCAAAGAAAAUCUAACGGCAGAAAUGUCGGAAAAGGAGUCUUCCUGGAAUCGAGACAAAUACAAGUUGCUUAAGGAGAGAGAAGCUAUGCUGAAUGAAAUGAGCCAAAUGGUGGAGGACAUCAAGCACUUGGCCCUCAAGUACAUGGAACUUGUGGUCAGAACAUUAGAGGAUGAAAAUAGGCUAAAGCAGAAGGAGGAAGGCAAAGGUAAGGAGAAGAAAGGCAAGAAGGAUUGCUCCUUAUUUGGAAGGAUGAUUAACCGUUUUAUCCCUAAAACAUCACUUUAA